AUGUGGCUCUGGCUCAAACCCUCGAUAUUUAAGCAGCUCAUCCUCAUACUUCUGUCACCAGCUCAGCCAAUCACAGAGCAGCCUGGGCAGGACAAUGGAGUGAAUGGUGUGUGUCCGCUGAACAGGUGGAACCCUCCGAGGUUGCUGAGAAAGCCUGUGGUGGAGAAACUGCGCAGAGAGAGGAUCAACAGCAGCAUUGAGCAGCUCAAGUCUCUCCUGUGUACAGAGUUCCUCCAGCAGCAGUCAGACUCCAAGCUGGAGAAAGCAGACAUCCUGGAGAUGACCGUCACUGUGCUCACACGUCUGCAGCAGCAGCACUUCCUGUCCCAGAGCCUCAUGAAGAGCCCUCAGCAGAGACACUGCACUGAGCUGCACAAGCAGAGCAGCUUCUGUAAAGACAAGAGUCCAGUGAACGGCGCCCCCUGGAGGCCCUGGUAG